AUGUUUGCCGCUCGUCGUACUGUCAACCUUUUCCAGAAGCGUGCCUUCUCGGCCUCCGCUAUCAAUGCCUCCAAGGUCGCCGUUCUCGGUGCUGCCGGUGGUAUUGGCCAGCCUCUCUCCCUGCUGCUGAAGCUCAACCCCCGUGUUUCCGAGCUCGCUCUCUACGAUAUCCGUGGUGGACCCGGUGUUGCUGCUGAUUUGAGCCACAUCAACACCAACAGCACUGUUACUGGCUACAACCCCGAUGCUUCCGGUCUCCGUGACUGCCUCGAGGGUUCCGAGAUCAUCCUCAUCCCCGCUGGUGUUCCCCGCAAGCCCGGUAUGACCCGUGAUGACCUCUUCAACACCAACGCCUCUAUUGUCCGCGACCUCGCUAAGGCCGCCGCUGAGGCCGCCCCCAAGGCCCACGUCCUGGUCAUCGCCAACCCCGUCAACUCUACCGUCCCCAUCGUCGCCGAGGUCUACAAGGCCCGCAACGUCUACGACCCCAAGCGUCUGUUCGGUGUCACCACCCUUGACGUCGUCCGUGCCUCGCGCUUCAUCUCGCAGGUCCAGAACACCAACCCCUCCGGCGAGGCUGUCCCCGUCGUUGGUGGUCACUCCGGUGUGACCAUCGUUCCCCUGCUUUCGCAGUCCAACCACUCCUCCAUCGCCGGCGAGGCCCGCGAUGCCCUUGUCAACCGCAUCCAGUUCGGUGGUGACGAGGUUGUCAAGGCCAAGGAUGGUGCCGGUUCCGCCACCCUCUCCAUGGCCAUGGCCGGUGCCCGUUUCGCCGAGUCUCUCCUCCGCGCCGCCCAGGGCGAGAAGGGUGUCAUUGAGCCCACCUUCGUCGACUCCCCUCUGUACAAGGACCAGGGUAUCGACUUCUUCGCUUCCCGCGUCGAGCUCGGCCCCAACGGUGUUGAGCAGAUCCACUCCGUUGGUGAGAUCAACGAGUACGAGCAGGGUCUCCUCGAUGCCUGCCUGGCUGACCUGAAGAAGAACAUCCAGAAGGGUGUUGACUUCGUCAAGGCCAACCCUUGAAAAGUUCCCUGUACAACCAUCUAUAUCUCGUCGUGACUUUUGUUUUUGUAAUAAUGAAAGUGUAUGACAAUGUUCUUUUACUAGAUCGAUAAUCCAUUUUAAUCCAUAAAUCGGUCUAUACUACGAU